CCCAGGGUUUAAAAAAAGCCAGGUUCGUAUGGACAUGUUUUCACUCCACUUGCACUGCUGUUGGAUUCUUCGGCCUUUUGCUAUUCAUCUGUCUGUUUUAUUUUAGCGCAUCCACCCGUUGGUCACCACAAAACCUGCCCGCUUUCUGCGUCUGCCCGACACAUCAUUCACAAAACCGGUGAAUGGUUCCAGGCCACGUUCAGCUGUUUCUGAUUGGCACAUAUGAGGAAUUCGACUAAAAGACUGCUCUCUUUAUAGAGUUCAAUUUACCUGAACUAAUGAUCUCUUAAGGAGGGAGGAGUUCAGAGUUAAAAUGUAAAGUGCUGCACUCAGCAAGAAGAGGUAAUGUGAGGUCAGCUCAAAGUGCUAUUUAGAUGCUUCACCAGCCCUCCGAACGAUGAAAUGCUGUGUGUUGUUAGCAGAGGGAUGCUGCAGAGUCACUGCAUUGCAGGCCAUUUGGGCUGGGCUUACCUCAGACGCAUCUGCACUGCUGAUAAACUGAAGAUCCUGGGACUUACAGUCUUCUGGUCCUGCAAUCUGUAUCUGUAAACAGUGAGCUGAUGUGUUGUCACAUCUUUUGAUAAAUUCCACCAUCAUCAUCUUUUGAUGUUGCUAUGGCGAUCGUAUCUGUUCUGUUUUGUACAUGGCAGUCCCAUGCUGAAAUUGGCCUUGAAAUGCUCUCUGUGGUCUCCUCUGCUAAAUAUAAACAAAGCAAAAAAAAUAAACUGAUAGGCUAAGUGUCUAACAGUAUUUUCCAUGCCUUUAAUUUGAACAGAACAGCACACACAGAAGUGUUGGGGUCUCUAGAGGCCCGGGGGUUUACAAGAUGAACAUUAGUGAAGCUACCCGUGCACUGGCCAUCUGGAGAAAACAUUUCCUUGUUCUGUCCACACACGCAUACAGAUGUCAUUGUUUAGGGCGGUCAGUUCAGCGUUCAUCAUCUAAAUUGGCCAAAUGGUUGAAAAGCUUGGCAAAGAAACGGCAGAACUCAUGGAAAGUGGGUGUGUCUUGUGGGGAUGGCACCUCCCUCCCUACCCAUAAUGCUCUAACCUAGUUCUUGCUCCACUCCUUGCCUUAUACCACUCAUGGCUCUGCUUGCUCCAUCUUAACCUCACCCUCUGUAGAUCGUGACAUCUGUUAGAUGACCAUCACUGCUGUAUGCUCUGCAUCAUUUCUAACAACAUCCUCAGCUCUUUGCUGCCUUAUCCUCCCUGUAUAUGCUUCCUACUAUACAGACACAACUAACACCGUCGUCUCUAACACCGUGUCUACACCGGACGCGACCGACGCGGCACAACAAAAGACAUUUAUCAUUUUUACUUAUUACGAAUGAGCAGGUUGUCAUGUCGCGUUGCGCCUGUCGCGACCGGUGUAGACACUGUGUAAGUGGUUAAACAAAAGCGGCAUGCUGGUUAAUGGUUUUGGUUUUCACCCAUUUUAAUUUUUCUCAUAAUUGCCUUUUAUUUGUUGUGUGUGUGUGUGUUGGGUAAACAUAACAUUUUUUUUCCAUGGAUUAUUGGAUUUAUAUAGUCAUCCAUAUUUUUUGCUUGGAUCAAAUUAUAGUUGUUUUUGCAUCUCAUUUAGUAUUUAACAUUUCUUUUUUAAUAGAAGUAUCAGAUCGGUCUAAAGUACGCACGCACACACGCAAACACUUGUACAUGGGCCUCUCAAUGGUAACCUGAGGCCUCCCCUCUCUCUCCAUUUGUCUCUUCAUAAUUGUAUCGAUCUACCUCUCUCACUGUCUCGCCCCUCGACCUCUUCUCUCGUUUCGGCUACAUACUGUAUGUUUUUGUGGUGGCUCUGUUGUCAUGGUGAUGAACUCACAAAAAAAGCUUGUGAAAGUUUUUGGUUUUUAUGUGUAUGCAAGCUCGAUGUCUGUGCUGUUCUUUACCUCUUAUUUACUCUCAGUUGUUUGUGUAUUAAUCUUUCUCCCCGAAGCGGCUUAUAUAUGUAUUUACGUGUCACAAUACAUAUAUAACCGUACAUUUCUCCCUCCCUUUUCUGAGACUGAAAGUGAAUUAGUUGACUCUGAGGUUGGUAGCAUUUACAUAUGUUCUCAUAGCGGUUACCUCCACUUUAACCUGUUCUUUUGAGGAAUGCCCCGUUUAAACCAUAGAUUCAAUUUUGAGUACUAUAGAUUGAGUUUCCCCCUAUUGUCAAGGCACUACAAAGUUAAUUCCCCCAAACUGUAGGGGCCUCAAGUGCCUUAUUACAGACCCAAGUGAAUUUAUUUUCCUCAUCUUGUUCUGUCCAUCCUAUCUCUUCCUUUUCCAUCCUGUUCCCCUCAAACAUGGAGUUUAAAGGUGUAUCAGAUGAUCUUAACGUUGAUGACAGUGAAGAGGUUUCGACAGUUAUUUGGCUGUCAUGUGUGCUUGUGACUGUGUGUGUGUGUUUUUGUAUGUUAAAAGCGCUUCUUAUUAUUGGAAUAUUGUGGUAUUUCUUUCCUCUCUUCCUCAUAUCAGGAUAACAUUGGGCACCGGCUUCUUCAGAAACAUGGCUGGAAGUUGGGUCAAGGCCUGGGGAAAACCAUGCAGGGUAAGCAAGCACCUUUCUGCCUAAAGCUCAAUCUCUCCCACUCUCUCUCUAUGUCUCUCUUUAUCUUGAUUUCCACCCAACAGCAUCAAAGCCCUGUGGUUUGAUCAGUUUUAAAAAUGUUUUCUUUGUGAUCUCUCUGUACUCUGUUACAGUACACUCAUUUGUACUUGCAUAAGUUGUAUGUCUGUGAGGAAUGUGUUUGGAGUGUAGCGCUGAUGAUGUACAGUGAAUUGGGGAGGAUAGGAUGAGAUAAUUGAGGAAGGGUUGGUAGAAGGGUGUGAAGUGACAUUAGACAGAUGAAAGAUGCACAAACUCUUUAUAAAGCCUGUUAUUAUCUAGUGUAGAUGUUGGGUAUUUUGAGUUUGUUUUGUAGUUGAACAAACUUAAAUGAGUAUGACGUGUGUACACAAAACGUUGCAUCACCAAAAACAAAGUCUCUAAAAGUCCAUUUUAAUAGCUAUUGUAUAGAGUACCGCAGGGAUGACGUAUUUUUGUAUGCAAACCCCGGAAGCGAGGUUAGCAUUUCAGCACUUCCGGUUCAAUUGCCCCAAAGUCUAUGGUUUUUUAAUGGGUUUUUGGGAAAUUGCCUAAAAUAAGAUCUGUGGUUAACAAAACCUAUAAAUAGUUUCACGUUGUAAUCUAUGACAUAAAACACACCAGUUAUAACCAGCUCAACAAGUUGCUAAAAGCGACUACAUCCUUAGGUGGGAAUGUUGUGUUAAUUUGUAAAGAUUAUCUUGAAAUACAAAACUCAUAAAUAUCAUAAACGUUUGUUAAUCACAGACCUUAUUUUAUGAUCUUCCAAAAUGGGAAAAAUCCAUAGCCUUUUGGUCAAGGGAACCAAUGUCAUCCCUGCGGCACUCUAUUAUAUGCAUCAAUAACAGAAUAGCCAAAAUCGAGAUCAGGACCUAAUUUGAACAUAACCAGUUUGAAAGUAGGGGUGUAACAGUGUUUCCCCUAGGUUUACGGCUUGUUUUAAUAAAUAAUGUUAAAUUAAUCCAUCUAAUGUUUUAUCAGGCCAUUAUCAGGACUACUGACAACAAAAUGUAACAACUGAAAUAAAUAUAUCAUGAGCAGGAGUACUUACAAAGUUACUAACAGCCUUUCCAUGCCAUUCAUACUAGAACUGAUUCUAAAUAUUCUUUCCAAUUAAAACAUGAUUCACAAUGAAAUGCUCUUAACAUGCUGAUUAUUUAUGCUAUUAAUAUCAUUAAUGCUAUAUGUAGGCCUAGAUACAAGAGGUUAUGUUUUAUAAUCUGUCACAAACCUAUAUAGCAAACAGUUAACUGACUGACAGCUAAAAAUACUUCAUUACUGCUGCAUUUUCAUUUACUUGAGCGUUACAGAAAAAGUGUCCAUUUAUUUACCUGCUCUUGGUGUCUGCAGGUCUUUAUAUGCGACGUGUCUUUGGCGGGAGAAGCAGCGCUCACGGAGCGGAAAUGGUUAAAAUGAAGCGUGUUUGGUGCUAAAUAAAGAUAUUCGAGGAUAUAGCUGCAAAAUAUAAUCAACAUAAAUGUCCCUGAGUGUGCGUGAUGUGUACAUCUCAGUUAUGUAGACGCGCUGCCCAAUUUAAACCACAGAAAAAGUCUGUUUUUUUUUAAUGGUUCAUUGUGUCUUGCGGUCCGGAUGGAACGAAGGAUAAACUGGGUGAAAACCUGUCAUCUGGUGGUAACUGGACUGUUGCUUGUCAGGGACAGGGCAUGCGUAUUUUCACCAUCCUGGGAGCAUUUAAAAACACAUAUUUAUUUAUCUGCUUUUCAGGUGGUUGACGUGACAUUUUCCCACACGCGCUCUGUCCGCUGGUGAAAGUGUGCUUACCUGUGUGUGUGCGCUCGGAACUCGAUACAGAGAGCAGAGGAGAAUUGUAAAGGCGCGACCACGUAGAAACAGAAAUGACAUGCCGCCAUGUUAAAUAACAUAAUGCCAUUUAGUUUUAGUACGAGAACAAGGUAUAGACAUGUUAUAUAGGAAAGGUAACUUUAAAUGACUUCUCUUGUGAUCUAACGCUACAUAAAAAAUGAAAUUAUCUUGACCUUCAAGGGGGGCGGGAGGUGCCAUUGGAGGGGCGGGCGACCCCUAAGGUAAUGGUAGGGGACACACUGGUGUAAAAUAUGUAUUAUAUCAAUCAGUUUAGCAAAUGUGGACGGUUACAACUCACAAAAAUGUAGGCAUACCACUUUCCCCGUUACUUUCUGCCCCGCAAUUGUGGUUGCAAAACAUCAGAUUUUCUUUGAUUCAGCCAUGUUGUCUUAAGUGGUUUGAGAGAGUACAAAAAGAGUACAAGAACAUGGAUUUGAGUCAUUGUCCUUACAGAAAGUCAAUUUGUCUCUGCUUGCACAAACAGGAGUAGAGAUGUACAGAGCAUUAGAGAGGGCACUUGGCACAGGGUGCAUUUGUUAGCAUAUUGCAUUCUGUAGUCUUGCGAUAUUUGAGCUGGAUCGGUCACGUAGAGGGGCGCAUUUGAUAUGUUGAAUGUUCAUAUACAAGAAAAUAUUUGAGGGGCCAUCAAAGUUUUGUCAAGAUGAUAACACACAAUCCAGCAUGCAUGUGUAGUGCAUUUAUGGCUCACAAUUAGGAAUGCUUAAAUGCAUGUAUAGCCACUUAUUGCAACAUAAUGUAAGUUGUUAAACAGAAUAUUUGCUGUGCACCUAUCCUUGUCUUUAUCACCAAAAUAGAGUGUAUGUUAAGAGGUUUUGUUUGCACAGAAAACACCCUCAUGUUUCAGUAAAUUAUUCUGCCCACAUACAAAUCAGUACGAGCUGUUCUAACCCCAACUGCCUUUCUAAGAUACUGGCUUGUUAAAAUAACCUCCUUCAAUUGGAUUUUUUGGGGAAAUUGGUCUGACAAAAAUCAAUGAGAUGAAUAUGUAUGAGUUUAUCGGCUCUCUCUGGAACCAGAUAACGAUUAAGAUUUGUGAGUUGACUUUUACAAGGUUAUUUUGACCAUCAGUGAAUUAUGUGUGCCUCUCCCUCGAGACUGCUUUUAUUGCUAACAUUUUGAACAUCCUCUCACACCCACAUAGGCCUACUUUGAGGACCAAGGCCCUGCAGCUGUUAAGAUAGCUCUGUUGUAAAAAGUGCUGAAGUCAGCAUCGUGCAAGUCCCAGAUCUUAAGUGGGAAAUGCACUAUAUCUAUAUUAAUUCCCUCAAUAUCCGCUUCUCUCACUAUCCAAUAUCAACCAUAGUUCAAAUGAUAGCACAAACAAAAGCAGAAGGAACAGUAAGUGCUUAGCCUGCUCUUCUCUUCCAUUGUUUUUCCUUCACAUUAGGACUGUGAGAAUACACUCAUUGGUUGUCUAAGCAUAGACUAAGCAUAAUACUGCAUUAACAUUGUUUCCAAUUCACAAUGUUAUAUUGCCAGAAACAUAAAUAGCUGUUAAAAAACUGUCAAUUUAUUGCUCAGCCAUAGUGAGUUUCUUGAAUCACGGCAGAAAGCUUAACAGCAGUUUCCCUUUUAGGCUUUGCCUUAGCGACAGACACCCAAUUGGCUGCUUUCUUGGAACUGGAAGUGCAGAAGAGUCAGAGGAAGUAGAAGUAGCCAGAGGUUUUCAUCCCAGCCAAGUCAAGUGUGUGACAGAUUAGGAAUGUUUCCAGUGCGCUCCAGGGCGCCCUUAUGUUUUGCAGUUCGGCAAGAUUCAAACACAAACACUGACUCAAAGUGUUUCCUUUCAUGGUUGUCGUCAUCCUGUCAUGAUAAUGUUGUUCUUAAAACACAGAGCAGACUGGUAGAGUAUGAAGUUUGUUUGCACCAUGAGAAAGAUUCCAGAUCAGAAAAAAAUCGAAGCUCACUGCAAGCUUAGAAAAGUAGAUUAGUUCCACCUUGCAGGAGACAAAUGAGUGCGGGGCAAAAAGAGAGAGCUUGUGGAAAUCGCUUUGGAGAAUUAGGUACCAUCUCUAAAGAAAGUGACCUGUGUGCGCGUGUUUGUAUCGGAAGUGCUUUUUGUUUAUCAAACAGAGAAGGACCUGGCUGCAUACACACAAUCCAACACACACAAAACACGUCUGUUCACCCAUUCUGGUGCUCAUGCCAUGGUUUUAAACUUCAUUCUUUUUCUUUUCUCUCUAUCUUUUGCACAGAGCCUUGGUACUGAGUGUGAAUUUACUGAAAUGUCGCCCCGAUUGAGUUUCCAUUGUAUUGACUCUGUUUUUUACUCUUCUUUCUUUUUGUACUGUUGUUUUUUUAGGUAAGGUUUGUAGGACCUACCCCAUUGUGUGUAUGUGCGUAUGUUUGAGAAAGCGUGUGUGUGGAUGUGUUUCUUCAAAUAAUACAAAAUAACUCUUCCCCCUUUUACAUGAUAGCCUAAUGGCUUCUCUUAGUUCAUUUCUAUAUGCUUACAAUCACUAAAUGCUCUCUGCUCAAAAUACCAGCGCUACGACAUGAAACUCAAAAUGGAAUCAACCUUUUCAAUGUAGAAUUAACCGUCAAAUGUCCAUUUUUAUUUCUUGAUUGUGUUCGGAAUUAGCGUUAGAAUAGUAUUUGUAUAUUAUUUCAUAUGUUUGGCUGCGAUGGGGGUGUUUUGAUUGGCUGAGAACAUGAGAUGGGGCCCUCCGAUUGGCUGUGAACAUGAUUCUGCCUCUUUCCCAUGAUUCCUCUGAAUGGCUUGCAGAAUGAGCCUCAAUCCCCCGCCCAUUCUCCCCCUCCUUCCGCCUGUGAUCAGUCUAUCUGCCUGCGUCCACUUUUGUAAAGUGAAUGUACACGUGUGUUGGGAGUGAAAAUUGUACAUGUGAGUGUGUGUGUAUGUGUGUCACCAAAUCAAGGGGUGGGGGCUCAGGUGUUUUAGCUUGCAGGGAGAAGUCUUCCCACCGUCCUGCCUGCAUCCCACUUCUCUUAUAAGCAUACAGAUAAAAGCAUCACCUGACUUGACCCAUCUCCUUCCCCCUCUCCUGCAAAGCAUGCUGGCUGUGGAGACCCAGUCUUGUGAUCCUGAGUUUUAAGCAACGCAAGAGACCGCUUGAAUUUGAAGAUUAAUGGUAAGAUGAAAUAGAUCUUGCCUUGUAAAUAAGCCAGAGUGAAGCCAGACUUCUGGCCAGAAUCAGAAUGAUGUGUUGCUAGAAGCUCACUCACAACGUAUGCGCACGGACACAUGGAUCCUUAUGGGGCAUGUAGCAAUGGUGAAACAGGAAGGAGGGUGCUCAGUUUUUGGAUUCUGUGAUGGUUGGUAUAUAAAUGUUGAAAGACAAUCAACCAAGAGAGGGGAAACGAGAGGGUGGACCAUGAGAGGAGGUAAGCAGGGAGACCUGAUUUAGAAAACCCUGUUUCAUACGGAAGGCGUCCUUGCUUUGUUUCGGAGGAACCUGAAAGCUUAAAACUAUUGUACCAUUUUCAUCUCAAAUUGGCAGUAAAGUGGAGAGCGGGAAUGAUGGUGAGAGGGUAGCCCUGUAAUCACCCAAGCCCGAUGGUAGGGGGUACACCGAAGCCCCUGCCCCUAAACCCAACCCUUAACCCUUUACCCCUUAUCCCUGAACGCUCUCUUUGUGCCUCAAUCUUCCUGCUUAACCAAUUGGUGUUUCUUUUUUGCAGCAUUAUGAUCCUGGCCAUGUUGUGCUGAUGGUAAACUUAGUGGACGAACUGACCCUGUGCCCAUCAUCCUCAAAUAUGACGUCAUGGGAAUGGGGCGUAUGGAGAUGGAGUUGGACUAUGCAGAAGAUGCCACAGAAAAGCGCCGUGUGUUGGAAGUGGAAAAAGAAGACUCUGAUGAACUGCGUCAAAAAUACAAGGAUUUUGCAGAGAAGGAGAAAGCCAUAGCUAAAGCUUUGGAGGAUCUGAGGGCAAACUUCUACUGUGAAUUGUGUGAUAAGCAAUAUACGAAACACCAGGAGUUUGAUAAUCACAUCAACUCCUAUGACCAUGCGCACAAACAGAGACUGAAGGAGCUGAGCAGGAGGGAGUUUGCAAGGAAUGUGUCUUCUCGAUCCAAAAAAGAUGGCAAAAAACGGGAGAAGAUGUUUCGUCGUCUUCAUGAACUGGCGGAACAGAGAAAGCAGCAAGACCACGUCCCUGGUAGUGGCCCCAUGUUUAAACCCACAACUGUGGCAGUAGAUGGAGAAAAGGGGGAAGACUCAAUGGAUGGUGUGCCUAUGACAAUAGAUUCCAUCACUGAUGCUUGUGAAGACAAAGUCUGUAGUGUUGUUAGUCAAGGCUCCCCUAGACCAGGUCCUACCAUCAGCUUUGGCUUCAACAAGACUAGCUCUUCUCCAACACCCUCUGGAGGCUCACAGGGUCCCAAAGUCAGUGUCUCCUUCUCUUUUGCAAAGAAAGCACCAGUUAAACUUGAGACUGCCGCAGCUUUCUUUGCAGACCAUGGUGAGGAGGCAAUGGAGGAAGAAGGCCAGGAAGAGGUAGGAGAAAAGACUGGAGGUGAGGAAGAAGAAAAGACUGGAGGUGAGGAAGGAAGUGGGGCAUCUAACUCUGAUAGCCCACAAGGUGUGACAGGAGGUGGGGCAGGAGGAGGGGGUGGGGGUGAGGGUGAGGGUGAGGGUGGGUGUGAGGGUGAGGAUGAGGAUGAGCAUGAGCAGUCACAGACAGAUGAUGGAGGAUCCCUGGCCUCCACUUUAAACAAGUUGAAGAUGAUGAUGAAAAAGGAAGAAGGUUACACUGGACAGGAGCCACAGUAUUAUCAUUAUGUACCUCCCGCACAUUGUCGGGUCAAGCCUCAUUUUCAGUUUCUGCUUUUUAUGAAAGCUUCAGAACAAUGUGAUAGCAAGGAGGAGCAUGAAAGUGCAGAAAAAGAUAAGGUGGCACCUAUUGAAGAGAAAGAGCAAAAACAGCUUAAAGUCAGCACGUGUGAAUCAGAAGAAGACACUAAGAAUGAGCCCACACAAGAGCAAAAUACAAAUCCUUCUCCCACACCCACCAAUGUGAUAACAGAAGAAGAAACGUGUAGUACCCCAGCAGAGAAAGAUGAUACGGCAGUUUUAGAUAUCUCAUCCCAACAAGAUCAUACCAAGCAAAAGAAGUCUGAACUUUCAGACACAGGUCCCCGCAUGCCAACCGGGCCUUUCUUUCCUGUGCUCAGUAAGGAUGAAAGCACCACCCUGCAAUGGCCUUCUGAACUGCUGGAGUUUACUAAGGCCCAGCCAUCUCUCUCUUACAGUUGUAAUCCUCUCUACUUUGACUUCAAGCUGUCAAGAAAUAAAGGAAACUGGGCAGGCAAAAAAGGCAACACAGCCAAGCCGCCAGUUAGCAGUGAUAAAGGAGAGGAAUCUAAGCCUGAAAACACAGACAGUAUUCCUGCAACUAGUGGAGAGACUUGUACUGCUACAGCAGUGGCAGGACCAAGUACUGAUCAGAAAGAACAGCUACCCUCAAAAGAUGAGGGGACCAAAAGUGACAACAGUGAGCAGAAGUUAAAAAGUAGUGAAAAUGUGACUGCAGUGUCAAAGAAAAAGAAGAAGAAACACAAGAAGUCAGGCAAGCACUCCAAACGCAAAGAAAAAGACAAGACCACAGCAGAAGGGGGAUUGGAGAAUGAGGUGACAGGAGAUAAAACUAAAAAGAAAAAGAAGCAUAAAAGAAAGAAAAGCAAAAAUAAACCAUGUGGUACUGAGGACAACGGGGAGGGAGGUGGUAGUAAGGAAAAGGAGAAAGAAAAAGUUGACAAGGAUCCUUCAGCCCACUCAUCAGGACUAACCACAUCCCAUGAAGGAGGAAAGAGAAAACGAUCCCACAAGACGUCACAGUUGUCUGGUGUUGAAGAAAGCGGUGGAGGAAAACCCAGCACUGCAGAGGAACACAAUGGUGCUAAACGUCUUAAAUCUGACACCAAUGCUGCUUCUUGCUCUGCAUCAGCCCAAAAGAGCUCAAGUGGAGGUCGACCUCGCGACAGUGACAGUGAGGAGGAUGGUGGAUCAUCCUCUCAACGUUCCCGACCACCCCACCAUCGCUCCACACCGUCAUGUGAGCAGCGCAGACACCGUAGUGACGACUCUGGGCAGUCAGGACGUUCUCGCAGUAGAUCUUCUCAUCAAGGAGACCGCGACCAUAGACGUCACAGGGGUCAAAAGUCCCGCAGUCAAUCCUACUCAAGCAGCUCUGAGCGUUCCUCAGCAGGAAGCAGUGCUUACAGCCGCCGCAGUCAUAGCUACACAGACAGUUACAGUGACUACAGUGAUGAAGAACGUCACCACAGAUCAAGAAGGCCUUCUUCUGAUUCAGACUAUGAGAAGCGCGAUAGUGGCCGCUCUCACAGGCGACACUACUCCUCCUCUUCCUCCGAUGAGGACUCUCGUUCUCGCUCACGUUCUCACAGCCGUAGGAAACAUCAUCGUCGGAGACACCAACGGAGUAGCAGCCGCAGCUCUAGUCGCAGUAGCAGGAGCAGCAGCGCUCGCUCCUACAGACGCAGCAGCUACAGCCGCAGCCGAAGUUCUGCAAGUCGUUCGUCUAGUUCCAUUAAGAGCUCUCCACAUCGACACGGUCACAGCCGGCGAUCCGACAGCUCCACAAGGAGGCGUGAUUUCAACCGGUCAUGCAUUUACAGAUCCCAGUCUCCGAGAUCUUCACGAGCGCAGCGCCGAAACAUCAACUCUUCAUCAGGGCAAGGUACUAGAGGUAGCGGUGGAGCCUCCUCUAAAGAGAGAGGUGCUGCAGAACAUAAAAAUUCAUUCACGGCUCGGCAACUACUGGAGAAGAUCCAGUCUCAAAAAGGAGGGAAGGAAUCUGGAACUGGCACCAAGCUGGGCCUCAAAAUCAAGGACCCUCCACAAGGAUACUUUGGGCCUAAGCUCCCCCCUGCACUUGGAAACAAAAGUAUGUUGCCUCUUUUUGGCAAGCUCCAGGGGGGAAAGAAACCAUCAUUACUUUCUCUUACACGUCCAAGCGAGGGUGAAAAGUCUGACUCUGGGAAAAAUUCGGAUAGUAAUGAAGUGAUCCUGGUAGAACCCAUUCGUGAGUUUCCCCCACCUCCUCCUCCACCCCAACCACCUGUCCAGCAGCAGCAACAACAAAAGCAGCAUUUACAGGAGGCCAUACCAAAUGUUGAGGAGAGCAGACAUCCAAGCUCGGACCCUCAGACCCUUCAUGAUUCUCAGCAACAGUAUGAACAGGAUCCAUCAAUGAUGAUGACACAAUAUCAAAGUGAACAAGGGCAAGACCCUAACAAUUCUAUGUUGGAUGGGCAUCUCAUGGGCGCCGAUAUGGGUCCACAGCCUACUAUGCACGGCUACCCUGGUUACCCCGCACCCACAAUGGAAGAUGGCGAAAUGGGAAUGGAAGCAGAGGAAGAUGGUCUUGCACCCUUAGAAAGUCAACCGAUCACUUUUACACCAGAAGAAAUGGAAAAGUACAGCAAGCUGCAGCAAGCGGCUCAACAGCAUAUUCAACAGCAGCUGCUAGCAAAGCAAGUGAAGAGUUUCCCCUCAGCUGCAGCUGCUGCAGUGGCGGCGGCUAACUUAGCAGCAGCAGCCAACCUUGCCCCUGCACCACCACCACCACCCACCGCACUGCAGCAAAUACACAUCCAGCAACCUGCAGUUUCUGCAGCCUCUGCUACCUCCAUUACCACAGUCCAGCAUGCCAUCCUGCAGCACCACGCUGCUGCUACAGCCAUGGGCAUCCAUCCCCAUACCCCACAUCAUCACCCAGCCCAACUAGCCCAGGUACACCACAUCCCUCAACAUCAUUUAACCCCUUUUUCCUUGUCACCACUAGGCCAUUCCUUGGGCCAUUCACUAGGUCACUCUUUAGCACACGCAGGCCUGAUUCCAGCCCACCACACUGCCUUUCUUUCAGGCCAACCUAUACAUAUUAUACCAGCCUCUGCGCUCCAUCACACACCUCUAGCUCUACACCAUCUCCCCCACGCUGCCCUUUACCCCACCCUCUUUGCCCCUCGGCCAGCCACUGCAGCAGCAGCCGCUGCCCUACAGCUACACCCCCUCCUUCACCCCAUCUUCUCAGGGCAAGACCUUCAACACCCUCCGAACCAUGGCUCUUGAAAACCAGGCCCAGCAGUGUGAGGGACAAGAAUUAAGCUACUGGGUGGCAUGUUCUGGUUACCCACAAUCCUCUGUCCUCUAAGUACUCUGAUAUUUUAGGGGAUCUUGUCAGGACAGUUUAUGGGUAACUUUGAAAUUGUAAUGGGAUGAAAUCAUGUGUCCUGAACCAGGAUAUUGUUUGGCAAGUUGAGGUAUAUAACAUCUUAUAUAUUGUCUUCAAGGAGUAAGGAACGCAUUCACACACACAAUGUUGAUUUAAAGGCCAAGACAUGAGUUUUACUAGGGCAAAAAACACAGUUUUUUGUGUCAAUUUAUGUUGUCUGACAUGUUCCUUAUCCAGAGGCUCACUGGCUGCAGCCAUGAUCAAGAUCUUUGUUGAGGGCUGUACGUGUGGAUGGAUAUUUGAGGGUUCUUUAGGGUUCUUUAAGGACUUGUUUUUCUGUGUACAAAGCGUUGUAAAAGUUUAUAAGUUAACUCAUUGUAUGAAUAUGCAAAGAUACACUUGGUCCUCCUGGUUCUUAACCAGGCUGAGAUGAAUUGAUGAUUGGUCUACUAUAAAAUUACCAUAAUAUUUGGUAAUUUUCAGCUCUUACCAGUUAUCAUAAUGUUGUAUCAUACUCUUACCAAAGGGUAUUAUUACAGAUAAACAAGACUAUUACAAUUAAAGCCAUACUCAGCACUUGACUGUGUUCAUCUAUUUUUGCUGGUUGGCUGUAAUUUGGGAAAUAUGAAAUGGCAAAAGGAUCACAGGCAAAUUUUUAUAGUCGCAGGCCAUUGGAACUAUGUACCAGGUUACACUUUGGAUUUCAAGCGUUCCCAUCCGUAUUAUUGAAAUUGUGAAAUCUUGCACUGAAACAAAAAUGUACAUUUGAGAUGCUGUUUAUGCAUCUUGUAACAACUGUAUGAUUGUAGUAUUCUGCAAUAAUUUUGAUUUUAAAUUAUUUUUUAUUUUGUUUUUCUGACAAUGUUAUUUUUCUGUAAAAUUAAUGUAAAUAGUUAUCGUAGUAAACCUGUACAAUAAAGGUUUGUAACACCCGUUUAAAUGAUAAUAAAAGGAAUAAUGAAGUUGUAAACUGAGACUAUGUAAACGUGAUCAGUGCUUGGUACUGCAGCUAUCAGGAGUUUCUUUGGGAAAGUGAGGGACAAAAAAAGUUGCAAAAGUUUUGGUGACAUUGUACUGUAAAUGGCAGCAAUGAAAUGAGCUUUUUUAAUUCCUCCUUGAUGCAUCAGCAAAUAAACCUUUGACUUGUAA